AUGGCCAACAUGCGGCCUAGAGUCACAAAACGCGAGCGGAAGCUCCAUCUGAGGUAUCAAAAUGUGCCUUUGCCAUGUACGUCUUACUGGCUGACUGAUAAGCACAGCUACGAGCUCCCGCACCGCAUCCACGACGCCCAGAUCUACCCCAUCACCGCACCAAAUGGCUCUACGCUCAUCAUCUACGGCCACUCACAAGGGCUACGUUUGCUAUGGCGAGGUGGCCGGAGAAGGAGAGACGGCUCGACAACAGCACGGACGAACGGCGCGCGGCAAGACCAGCUGAUGGUGCUGGACGACGACGAUACACCAGAUGCGGAGUUUGAAGACGAAGAGGAGGAGCUGGAUCAAGACUGCCCGUAUGCGAGCAUAACACAGGAACUGGAUCUCAGCAUGGAGUGGGACGUGCUGCGUGUCGCAGUGCCGAGUCUCAACUCGUCGGCGCUGACGCCUCCGCUGCUGCGGAAGAACGCGCUCGUCACCAUCGCAUUGUCCAAUGGCACGGUCAUGUUACUGCAGAUUCCACUCAAUCCGCCCGCUGAGCGAGCCAAAGAUCAGGCCAGGAUGCAAAUUUACGACACCCGCAACGAACUGGCUGGCAAAGGCCCAGUACCAUCCAACGUGGCAGUCAAGUUCUUCCCGGUAGACAGUCACGCCUCGACUGGCCUGAAGCGCCAACAGGAGGGCGUCGAGGGCCAUCUAUUGAUUGCUAGUGCGUUCCGAGCCUUGAACAUCUGGACUAUGUCCGUGAUGGCGCAUGAACUGGCAGGUGAAGAGCAAAGCAUGUUUCAGCGGUUCCAGACUGUGCCCUUGUCCUCGCCCUCGACUUGUCUUUCAUUCCAUCCUUCUGUCCGAUCUGCUCAGGUACUCUUAGUGGACAUCUCAGGUGCCGCGCGAAUAUACGACCCCCAUGCGCUGAAGACGGCACCCAAGAGACCAGGGUCUAGCGACUCGCAGCUCGAAGCUCCUAAGGCGACAGGAGCACCCGGUAAAUGGAUUACGACAUAUCUAACUGGCUUUCAUUCAGAGCAAGACGUUGCUCCAGGGCUCGCUCGUCGCAAGAAAAUCCUUGACGCAAAAUGGGUCAACUCAGGCAAAGGUGUGCUCGCUUUGAUGGACGACGGUCAGUGGGGUGUCUGGGAUGUCCUCGGCACACUGCGGUCCGAGAAUCACAUUCAGGGAUUUGUGCUAGAAGGAUACCUUUCUUCAUCUCCUGUCGGUGAUGCGGUAGAGUCCAAUAAGCCAAAGAAAGGUCUGUCUAAUCUCGCACCGAUGACACCCAACACGCGAAAAGCGAAGUCUCAAGAGCUCUUCACGGGUGCACCCAAGGUUGCUGGCGUCGCUUCAAGAGGUGGAAUUUCAGUAUCGUCUACAACUCCGCGCACCGGACAGACGGAUGAAAGUGUUGUCAUGUGGUACAACACUGAUGUGUAUUCCAUCGCAAGCAUGCAGCAGUUCUGGCAACGCAGUACUAGCAGUGGCGGCAGUGUCGGCUCGAUGCACGCCCCUGCCAUGGCUCAUCUCACCGACAUCGACCUCAUCAGCGAGAACAUCACUUCCGUCUCGCAAUUCCGCUCGCAGUUCUCGAGCGCCGGUAUUGGACACAUGAACACUCGGCGUGAUCUUCUCAUCUCCGGCGAGCAUCGCGCACUCAUCCUCCAGAACUUACGACCUCCCACUCCAGCUCGAGGACUCUUCUCCCUCGUCGAACGCCCUGCUUCGAGAGACGUUGCAAUGUCCGACAGCAGUCUCGGUCAAGGCCUGGAUGGAAUCAACGCGGUGCUCGACAGCAUGAACACCACUAGCCGGAGAGUCGGCUUCGCGCAAUGA